AUGGACAAAAAUUACACCCAGAAUUUAGCCUUGUGCCGAUUGCCAGACGAAAGAUAUCAGUUUGAUGCGCAACAUCCCUGUGAUCCAAAAAAGGAAACGGAUUUUGUCUUAUGGAAAGGAAAUCAUGACGGAAAUGAGGGUGAUGUGCUUGGCACAUUCACUUAUCAAGAUAGCCACGGCGCAACACCGAUUGUUACAAACUAUGCGUACAAAGCAGUCAGGCCUGGCAGGUACCCACAGCGCUGCAUUCUUUAA